AUGACUGAAUUUUUGACAGUGAAAUUUCUACUUAUUAUGGAAAAAGAUUCAACAUAUACUGGUCAGAAAGAUAAACGAACGCUGGCACUCAUUAAACCAGAUGCAAUUCAAAAUCCAAAUGAGAUUAAAGAUAUGAUACUGGAAAAUGGUUUUACCAUCGUACAAAAGCGUCAAGUUACAUUGACAGCUGAACAAUGUUCUAUACUGGCAGAUGUUCAAUGUGACUUGAUGAAUCCACUUGAUUUAGCUUCAAAAAUGGAAGAUCAUGAUGUUGCUUUAUCGACAUUAGGUCAAGCUGGUCUACAAAUAUCUGCAAUGACAUUCUAUGAAGAUUCAAUGAAAUCCAUAAUAACAGCCAUGAGAAAUUCAAAAAUAAAACAUUUAAUAUGUAUAACAGCAUUUUAUACAAAGUGUAAAGCGGAGCAAGAGAGAAAUGUGAAUUAUGAACGAAUUUGA